CCACAGCCCAUGGUCCCCAAGCAGCCACCCAGCUCCGACAUGGCCCAGCCGGUCCACAGCUUCUGCUCUGCCUUUGGCCUCCAUUGUUGCCUCCUCUUCCUUCUAGCUGCUUGGGAGGCAGGUGCUACUACACUCCAAGAAUAUCAGAAAACUGGUGAACUCUCAACAUCUGCUCAUGUAUUUCCCCUCACUCCAGGCCUUGUUUAUAGUAUCCCCUUUGAUCACAUUGUUCUGCAUUCAGGACAAAGACCUCCAGACCUCCCUAAAUCCACAGAAGUCGGUGAACGAAAACGCCACUGCAACACCACACGCCAUUCUAAGCCCACUGACAAGCAUAUAGACAACUCCAAAACUACAGACCACAAAAGCUCUGCAGAUAAUCAAGACGCUCCUCCUACUUCUGAAGAAAACUCCGGCAGUCAAGGGAAAGACCCAGUGAUCUGGAACCAACGCUCUGUUGAUUCUACUGACUCCACUACCACACAUAAAGAAUCAUCUGAAAAAAAAUAUAUAACCCCAGCACCCAAGAGAAAAACAACUUGUCGUAAGUCCUCAACAGGCAAAUCAACAGUAACAACAAAAUCAGAUAACUCUGGAAGACCCACUGCCUCAUAUAAGACUACAACUUCCUUCCACAAUUCAGACGAUUCACAGAACAACCAAAAAAGCAUGUCUUCUGAGAAAAUCACAACAGGAACCCCAGAAGAGUCAGAAAAAAAUGAAGAUUACAGAACAACAGUUGCCUCGGACAAGAUCCUGACAAAAACUACAAAAUACAUACAAGAGACUAUAUCAACCAGUGAGAAGAUCACACGAUCUCUAGCGGACCCUACAGAACAUGAAGAAAGGACAGCCAAUGAGAACACCACACCUUCCUCAGCAGAACCUACUGAACAUGGAGAAAGGACCCCACUAGGCAAUAAGAACACCACGCCAUCCCAAACAGAGCAUACAGAACAUGGAGAAAGGACCCCACUGGCCAAUGAGAAUACCACACCAUCCCCAGCAGAGCCUACAGAACAUGAAAAAAGAACACUGUCAGCCAAUGAGAAUACCACACCAUCCCCAGCAGAGCAUAAAGAACACAAAGAAAAGACCCCAUUUGCCAGUGAGAAGAUCACACUAUCCCCAGCAGAGCCUACAGAACAUGGAGAAAGGACAGCCAAAGAAAACAUUACACCAUCCCCAGAAGACCCUACAGAACAUAAAGAAAGGACUCCAUUUGUCAAUAAGAACACCACACCAUCCCUAGCAAAGCCUACAGAACAUGGAGAAAGGAUACCAUCAGCCAAUGAGAACACCACACCAUCCCCAGCAGAGCCUGAAGAACAUGGAGAAAGGACACCAUUGGCCAAUGAGAACACCACACCAUCCCCAGCAGAGCAUACAAAAUAUGAAGAAAGCACACCAUCAGCCAAUAAGAACACCAUACCAUCCACAGCAGAACAUAAAGAACAUGGAGAAAGGACACCGUCAGCCAAUGAGAACACCACACCAUUCCAAGCAGAGCCUACGGAACAUGGAGAAAGGACACCGUCACCCAUUGAGAACACCACACCAUUCCAAGCAGAGCCUACGGAACAUGGAGAAAGGACACCAUCGGCCAAUAAGAACACCACAUCAUCUGCAGCAGAGCAUAAAGAACAUGGAGAAAGGACACUGUCAGGCAAUGCGAACACCACACCAUCCCCAGCAGAGCACACAGAAGGAGAAAGGACACCGUCAGUCAAUGAGAACACCACACCAUCCCCAGCAGAGCCUACAGAACAUGGAGAAAGGACACCAUCAGGCAAUGAGAACACCACACCAUCGCCAGCAGAGCAUACAGAACACGGAGAAAGGACACUGUCAGUCAGUGAGAACACCACACCAUCCCCAGCAGAGCAUACAGAACGUGGAGGAAAGACACCGUCAGGCAAUGAGAACACCAAACCAUCCCCAGCAGAGCAUACAGAACGUGGAGGAAAGACACCAUCAGGCAAUGAGAACACCAAACCAUCCCCAGCAGAGCCUAUGGAACAUGGAGAAAGGACACCGUCGGCCAAUGAGAACACCACACCAUCCCCAGCAGAGCCUACAGAACAUGGAGAAAGGACACCGUCAGCCAAUGAGAACACCACACCAUCCCCAGCAGAGUCUACAGAACAUGAAGAAAGGACACCGUCAGCCAAUGAGAAAACCACACCAUCCCCAGCAGAGCCUAAGGAACAUGGAGAAAGGACACUGUCACCCACUGAGAACACCACACCAUCCCCAGCAGAGCCUACGGAACUCAGAGAAAGGGCAACGUUGGCCAAUGAGAACACCACACCAUCCCCCCCAGAGCCUAUAGAACAUGAAGAAAGGACACCGUCAGCCAUUGAGAACACCACACCAUUCCCAGCAGAGCCUACAAAACAUGGAGAAAGGACACUGUUGGCCAAUGAGAACACCACACCAUUCCCAGCAGAGACACUGUCACCCAUUGAGAACACCACACCAUUUUCAGCAGAGCCUAUGGAACACAGAGAAAGGACACCAUCAGCCACUGAGAACACCACACCAUUCCCAGCAGAGCCUAUGAAACAUGGAGAAAGGACACCAUCGGCCAAUGAGAACACCAUACCAUCCCCAGCACAGCCUACAGAACAUGGAGAAAGGACACCAUUGGCCAAUGAGAACACCACACCAUCCCCAGCAGAGCCUACAGAACAUGGAGAAAGGACACCGUCAGCCAAUGAGAACACCACACCAUUCCCAGCAGAGCCUAUGAAACAUGGAGAAAGGACACCGUCGCCCAUUGAGAACACCACACCAUUCCAAGCAGAGCCUACAGAACAUGGAGAAAGGACACCGUUGGCCAAUGAGAACACCACACCAUCCCCAGCAGAGCCUACAGAACAUGGAGAAAGGACACUGUCGGCCAAUGAGAACACCACACCAUCCCCAGCAGAGCCUACAGAACAUGGACAAAGGACACCGUGGGCCAAUGAGAACACCACACCAUCCCCAGAAAAGCCUACAGAACGUGGAGAAAGGACCACAUCACCCAGUGACAAGAUCACAUCAUCUGCAGCAGAGUCUACAGAACAUAGAGAAAGGACUACAUCAGCCAAUGUGAUCACACCAGCCCCAGCAGAGCAUAUAGAACAUGGAGAAAAGACCACAUUGGCCAAUGAGGUGACAUACGUCACAAUAAAGUCCACAGAACACUCAGAAAAGACCACAUCAACCACAGAGGAAACAACAAGAGCCUCAGAAAAGCCUACACUAUACCCAAAGAAGACCAUAUCCACCAAAGGGAAAAACAUAGCAGUCUCAGAAAAGCAUACAGAAAACCUAGGGAACACCACACUGGGCACUGAGAACACAAAAACCCCAGUAAAGUCCACAGAAAACCCGGGAAAAACAGCAGCAGUCACAAAGACCAUAAGACCUUCAGUCAAGGUCACAGGAGACAAAUCUAUCACUACUACCUCUUCUCAUCUAAAUAAAACUGAGGUUACUCAUCAGGUGCCCAUUGGUUCUUUUACACUCAUCACAUCUAGAAUGAAGCUGAGUUCUAUCAUGUCAGAAGCCCCAGGCAACGAGAGCUAUCCAUACCAUAAUAAAGAUGGCUCACAGAAAGGUAUCCACGCUGGACAGAUGGGGGAGAAUAAUUCAUUCCCUGCAUGGGCCAUAGUUAUUGUGGUCCUGGUGGCUGUGAUUCUCCUCCUGGUGUUCCUUGGCCUGAUCUUCUUGGUCUCCUAUAUGAUGCGGACACGCCGCACACUAACCCAGGACACCUGGGACAAUGAUGCAGCGGAUGAGGGUGGCCCCAAUUCCUACCCAGUCUACUUGAUGGAGCAGCAGACACUUGGCAUGGGCCAGAUCCCUUCCCCACGAUGAUCCUGGAGUAGGCACCGAGCCCCGGCUCUUCCAUGCUCUGCCCUCUUUCCUGGAUGAGGAACUGGACUCACAAUUUCUAUUUCCUGGACUCUGGGAAGGGCAGAGAACACCGAUGGUUAACAGCAAUAACCCUUCCUCUGUUCUUAAUUGAAACUGGUUGGGGAAUGAGGUGAUAAGUAAGGAGGGUGUAAGUUUAGGGGAUAGAGACGAAAGAAUGAACAAUACAAGUAGAUGUUCUCUGUAGAAGGCGAUGGUCUGAGAAUGAAAAGGUGUUUGAUGGACAUGUUGGGUGGGGACCAAUACAGAACACUGAGUCCUAAAGGAAGGACAGGAGCCUUAGAAGGCAAUGCCCCAGAUUGACUUGUGAGUGGGGAUUAUGGGGAAAGGGAGAAACUGAGGGCAGAGUCUCUGGGUUUCAGAACAGAAUUAUGUUAUUUCCAUUCAUUAUUAUUUAAGAGUUUGUGCGUUAACAGGCUCACCUCUGAGUUCUCAGGACCCUUGCCCCGCUUUCUUUUUUAAUGAAAAAAAAAAAAAAAAAAAAAAAAAAAAGGAUCCAAGAAGAAAAGAGAAUUUAUUUCCUUCUCCACUCUCUCCAUUCCGUGGAGAAAGAAAAAGUCCAGAGAAAUUAUAAAUAUCUCUCAUCCACAUGGUUGUUCCCUCUUCCUCCCAAAUCCCUUAGUUUUCCUUAACGUCUAUAGUGGACACCCUGUUGGUUUGGCUUGCUGGGUUGUGGGUGGACACAAAAGGAGGGGAUCUUGGACCAGCAGGGUCACUCACUGAUCUCCAUCCCAGACCUUCCCUGAUGGUGUCUCAGCAUUUAUUUUCCUGUGUCUUCCACCAAAAGCCAGUUGUGGAUUUAUCUCAUAAAAGUCACCCAUCUUCUCUACCAUCUCCAUCCUCUCUCCUCACACCUUUACCCCUGAUUCCAAUUUUUCUCCUUGUAGGCAUUUUAUCUGUGUGUGUUUUCUGGAUUUCUCUCCCUCUUCUUAUGGACAUUUCACCUUAUUACUGAUUGGGCAGAGAGAGAAAAGGAGAAUGGACAUAUGAUGAUAGUUUCCUUCUCUCUAUUGACCUUUUUUAAUAAUAGAGUAUGACAUGUUUAUAAAGGG